AUGAGCCUGCCAGAUGGCCGCAUUCGAAGAAGUUCAAGUAUAGAGCGCCGUGAUCCUUACGCCUCACCUGAGGUUUACUAUGCUAAAGAUCAUGGAACGAGUUCUCUGGUCCGCAACCGAAUCUGGGUGACCAAAAGUCCGGCUCAAAUUGAGAUCGUAAACAAACGUCGUGCCAGUCACGAUGAGUACUCACAACCUCAGAAGUUUAUUGUCAAUGUCGAAGCUACUCUGAAAGACUUGUUGGACAGAGAGGACACCGACAAGAACCACCAAAUCACUGUCGAUGAUAAUGGACCCAAAGUCAUUUCACUAGGGACGCUGGGCUCGGCCGGCUACAAGUCCAAAGAUGUUCGCGGCAACUAUCUCAUAGGCAACCUUCUGCAGGAGCUUACCCUUGCAAAUGAUCUUGGCCGAAAGAAUGUGGUGAUCGACCUGGCUCGACUUACUGAAAAUCCGGUCAGCCGCUUGUCACGGUUCAUCAAGGAUACUUUUUGGGACAAUCUUACUCGAGUCAUAGAUGGAUCAGUGAUUGAAAGAGUCGGGAAAGACCCCAAGGAUCGAACUGAAAAUCCUCGGCCCAGGAUCUAUGUUCCGCGAGGUGCACCCGAACAAUUUAAAUAUUACACCCAGGUUGCCGAGGAGCGGCCAGAGGUGGGUCUGGACGUUCAAUGGUUACCUGAUGGACCAAUCACACCAGAAUACGUGCGAAGUAUCAACGAGAAGCCUGGGCUGCUGGCACUGGAGAUGGAGAAAUGUAUUGAUCCGCAGACGGGUCUGGAGACUCUGCGCGGUCUGCCAUUUGUCGUCCCUGGGGGCCGAUUCAAUGAGCUCUAUGGUUGGGACAGCUAUAUGACCUCCUUGGGCUUGCUCAACCACGGACGCAUUGACAUGUGUAAGUCGAUGGUUCGGAAUUUCUGCUUCUGCAUCAAACACUAUGGAAAAGUCCUAAACGCCAACCGUUCUUACUACCUGUGUCGUUCUCAGCCACCUUUCUUGACAGACAUGGCGCUCCGUGUGUAUGAAAAGAUCAAACAUGAUCCGGGCGCAGAGGAAUUCCUAAGGACCUCGGUCCUUGCUGCUAUCAAGGAAUAUUACAGUGUCUGGAUGGCUGAGCCACGUUACGACGCCGUCACUGGGCUGUCUCGUUACCAUCCAGAAGGUCUGGGCGUACCACCGGAGACCGAAGCGAGCCACUUUCUGCAUAUCUUGACUCCGUACGCCAAGAAACACAACAUGACUUUCGAGGAAUUUGUGCAAGCGUACAACUCUGACCAAGUUCAUGAGCCUGAUUUGGACGAGUAUUUCCGACACGAUAGAGCUGUUCGCGAAUCUGGUCACGACACGUCCUAUCGUCUGGAACACGUUGCUGCGGAUUUGGCUACCGUGGAUCUGAAUUCGCUGCUUUAUAAGUAUGAAACCGAUAUUGCGCACAUCAUUCACGAGCACUUUGGAGACAAGCUGGUCAUUCCUCCAGAGUUUCAGACCAAUGAGAACCGACUGGACCGGAUGGAAAGCUCGUCGACCUGGGAUCGUCGGGCCAAGAGACGCAAGCUUCUGAUGGACAAGUAUCUCUGGAGCGAGGAGAAAGGCAUGUUCUUUGAUUAUGACACAGCCAAAAGAGUGCGUACAAGUUAUGAGAGCGUUACCACCUUCUGGACCAUGUGGGCUGGGGUAGCGUCUCCAAAGCAAGCUGCUUCAUUGGUGUUGAGAGCACUUCCAAAGUUCGAGUGCUUUGGCGGGCUGGUUUCUGGGACCGAGAAGUCCCGUGGCAAGAUUGACGUGGACCGGCCAAAUCGGCAAUGGGAUUACCCCUUCGGCUGGGCACCACAGCAGAUGCUGGCUUGGGCGGGUUUACAAAAAUACGGUUACCACGACGAGGCACGUACCUUGGCGUACAAAUGGCUGUACAUGGUUAUCAAGGCCUUCAACGACUUUAACGGAGUAGUCGUGGAGAAGUACAACGUAACGAAGGAGCUCGAUCCUCACAAGGUUGAUGCCGAGUACGGCAAUCAAGGCAGCGAUAUCAAAGGUGUUCCUCGGGAAGGGUUUGGCUGGGUCAACGCCAGUUAUGUCGUGGGGUUGCAGAUCGUGAAUGCGCAUAUGAAGCGAGCCCUGGGUACUUUGACACCUUGGGACACCUUCUACCAAGCAACAAAAAUGCAUAUAGAUGAUGAGAUCAUCUCGGAGGCUAUUGAGUUUGAGUGA